AUGUCGGUGACAGGAGGUGGCCACAGAGGCUUUUAUUUCAAUACAGUCUUGUCACUGGCACGCUCUUUGGCCGUCCACCAACCCGCACCGGCCGAAAAGGUCCAGAAGCUACAAUGUAUGUGUCCAUUAGAGUCACGAGGUGUUUUCUCACUGGACGUACGCCGAGUCGAUGCUGUUGUAGCGCUGGCCGUCUUUCUAGUGGAGUCUGGCUUACAGCACAAAGACACCCUUGUUUCCUACUUACUGAGCCUACUGAGAGGCCUCCCACGUGUCCAGUGGAUUGAAGAGGGCUUGGGGAAAAAAGGAAAGGAGUUUCUGCCAGUCGCGGAAAACUUCAGCUUCUGUUUGGUGACUCUUUUAGCGGAUGUGGCUCAGCGGGACCAAGACUAUAGGCAAGAGAUAUUGAACACCAUCAUGGAUGUCAUGCAGUCAUUGCAGGACAUGUGCCAAACACCUGAUAACCAUGACAAAGUGUAUUUGUGCAGGUAUAUCAUUCCCAGCCUGUUCGGCAUGACCCGAGCAUUCGGCCGCUAUAGCAUCACGGAUGAAGCUCUAUUGUCCAAGUUGUUCCCCAAAGACUCGCCUCAGAGUCCUCGUGUUGCCGAGGAAACAGAAGGCACACGGCGUCGUUCUUUUAAUGACUUUCGUUCCAUUAUACCCACCUCUUUGAUGACCGUUUACCAGAGUGACACGUUGCGUCGACGCACAGCAGCCAACCCUGACUCUUCUGUUUUCGCAGACACAGGAGGACACUCACCCUGCUCUCCCAUCACACCGGGCUCAAAUUACCUUGAAGGUUCCUACCUCCCGGACAGCAGCACAGUGGAUCCUGACUAUUAUUUUUCCACAGUCAGCUCUAGUUUCUCUGUUUCUCCUCUCUUCCUGGGAGCAGGAGAAAAUGAGAUUGUUGUGCCGUUUGAUCUGCUCCGGCAGCUUCUCAGCAUGGUGAAGAUAUUUGUUUCUGAAUCAUUUUUGAAAACCCUUGAUGCCACCAUGGCAGAAGUGAUGGAGGCCAACCCUGGAAUCAACCUCUAUUACAAAACCUUCAGUGACCCUCUCUAUGUGUGUGUGUUCAAAAUGCUGAGAGACACACUAUACAACAUCAAUUCUUUACAAUCGGCAUUUGUGCGGGAAAUCCACGACUUUGUCUUGGAGCAAUUCAGCAGCAGUCAGUCUGAGCUGCAGCGGGUACUUCAUGACGCGGGGGGGCUGCCGGGAGAACAGAGCCCCCUCAAGCUUCGUUGCCAAGCCAACGCUGCCUGUGUGGACCUCAUGGUGUGGGCAGUCAAAGAUGAGCAAGGCGCUGAAAACUUGUGCAGCAAAUUGACUGAGAAGCUGCAGUCGAAAACCUCGAGUAAAGUCAUCAUUGCUCACAUGCCUCUGCUCAUCUGUUGCUUGCAGGGCCUAGGGCGUCUUUGUGAAAGGUUUCCUGUGGUGGCUCACUCUGCUACAACAUCUCUAAGAGACUUCCUGGUUGUUCCUUCCCCUGUUAUCACAAAACUCUACAAAUACCACAACCAGUACAGCACAGGCACUGGAGAAAUCAGGAUCAGUGUAACAAAUGAGCAUUCUCAGUCCACGGUCAACAUUUUGUCCAGCAAGAAGGACCAGCAGUCUAUGUAUGAGCAGCUCCGAGACAUUUCCAUCGACAACAUCUGCAGAUGUCUGAAAGCUGGUCUGACGAUGGACAAUGUGAUCGUGGAGGCCUUUCUCGCUAGUCUGUCCAAUCGUCUAUACAUUUCACAGGAAAAUGACAAAGAUGCUCACCUCAUCCCAGAUCACACCAUCCGGACGCUGGGCCACAUUGCCGUAGCUCUGCGAGACACGCCUAAAGUGAUGGAGCACAUCUUGCAGAUCUUACAGCAGAAGUUCUGCCAACCUCCGUCCCAGCUGGACGUACUCAUCAUCGACCAGCUGGGCUGCAUGGUCAUUACGGGGAAUCAAUACAUCUACCAGGAGGUGUGGAACCUGUUUCAACAAAUCAGUGUGAAGGCCAGCUCUGUGGUCUACUCUGCUACCAAAGACUCCAGAGAUCAUGGCUACAGGCACUGCUCUCUGGCUGUGAUAAAUGCUUUGGCAAACAUUGCUGCCAACCUGCAGGGGGAGCAGCUGGUAGAUGAACUCAUGGUGAAUCUUUUAGAACUUUUUGUCCAACUGGGCCUGGAAGGAAAAAGAGCUAGCGAGCGGGCGUCAGAUAAAGGGCCGGCACUUAAAGCAUCGAGUAGUGCUGGGAAUCUGGGUGUUCUCAUCCCAGUGAUCGCUGUGUUGACCAGACGACUGCCACCAAUCAAAGAAGCUAAGCCCCGCCUCCAGAAGCUGUUUCGGGACUUCUGGCUUUAUUCAGUGGUCAUGGGUUUUGCUGUGGAAGGAUCAGGUCUCUGGCCCAAAGAAUGGUAUGAGGGUGUUUGUGAGAUUGCCACAAAGUCUCCUCUCCUGACCUUUCCCAGUGGGGAGCCCCUUCGCUCCGAACUGCAAUACAACUCUGCCUUGAAAAACGACACAGUCACACCGGCGGAGUUGAGCGAGUUACGUGCAACCAUCAACAAUCUCUUAGACCCCUCUCCUGAUGCAUCAGCCCUUAUCAACAAGCUUGACUUUGCCAUGUCUACGUACCUGCUGUCAGUCUACAGAUUAGAGUAUAUGAGAAUGCUUCAUUCCAACGAUCCGGACCGCUUCCAGGUCAUGUUUCGCUAUUUUGAAGACAAGGCGAUUCAGAAAGACAAAUCUGGGAUGAUGCAGUGUAUUAUUUGUGUUGGCGACAAAGUGUUCGACGUCUUCCUCCAAAUGAUGGCUGACAAGCCAAAGACUAAAGAGCAUGAAGAGGAACUAGAGCGUCAUGCUCAGUUCUUGUUAAUUAACUUCAACCACACCCACAAGAGGAUCCGCAGGGUGGCAGAUAAAUAUCUAUCUGGUUUGGCUGAGACAUUCCCACAUCUGCUUUGGAAUGGUCGCGUGCUGAAGACCAUGUUAGAUAUUUUGCAGACCCUCUCGCUCUCACUGAGUGCAGACAUCCACAAGGAUCAGCCGUAUUAUGAUAUUCCAGAUACCCCGUACAGCAUCACUGUACCUGAUACAUAUGAAGCCAGAGAGAGCAUAGUAAAGGACUUUGCUGCUCGCUGUGGAGAGAUCCUAAAGGAAGCAAUGAAAUGGGCCCCCUCAGUCACAAAGUCCCACCUGCAGGAAUAUUUGAAUAAGCAUCAGAACUGGGUGUCAGGUCUGACCCAACACACUGGCUUGGCCAUGGCAACAGAGAGCAUCUUGCACUUUGCAGGCUACAACAGGCAGAGCACUACACUGGGCACUACUCAGCUGACAGAAAGACCAGCAUGCGUGAAAAAAGAUUACUCCAACUUCAUGGCGUCUCUCAAUCUGCGCAACCGAUAUACUGGAGAGGUCGCCGGUAUGAUCCAGUUUUCCGAGGCCACACACAGCCAAUCAGACUUGAACAAGCUGAUGAUUGAGCAGAUGAAGAGUGCACUGGACAGCCAAGAUUCAGAGGCUUUCACGCAGGCCAUGUUCAAGAUGGCAGCCUUGCUCAUAAUCACCAGAAACUGCAACCCUCAGCUCCUGCAUCAUCUGUGCUGGUCGCCCCUUAAGAUGUUCACCGAGCAUGGCAUGGAGACCGCAAUCGCGUGCUGGGAGUGGCUCCUGGCUGCACACGAUGGGGUUGAAGUGCCAUUGAUGCGUGAAAUGGCAGGCGCUUGGCAGAUGUCGGUGGAGCUGAAGAUAGGUUUGUUCUCCGUCACCAAGGUUGAGGCGGGCCCACUAGCAGUGUCUGAAGAAAGCCAACCCUCCCCCUGCGCGCCUGACGUCAUACCCCACUUUCUGUGGAUCGAGUUUCUUGUGCAGCGGUUUGAAAUAGCCAAGUAUAGCAGCUCAGACCAGGUGGAGAUUUUCACCACCAUCCUGCAGAGGUCGCUGUCUCUGAGCGUGGGAGGAGCCAAAAGCAACUUAAACACGCAUGUCGCUGCCAUCGGACCGAGAUUUAGACUUCUUACUCUGGGUUUAACUCUGCUGCAUGCUGACGUUGUGACAAACGCCACCAUCAAAAAUGUGCUACGAGAAAAGAUUUACUCCACAGCUUUUGACUACUUCAGCGUCAAUCCCAAAUUUCCCACUCAGGCCGAUAAGAGGUUGAGAGAAGACAUAAGCAUCAUGAUCAAGUUUUACACGUGCCUGCAAUCGGACAAAAAGUAUUUGGCUGCCAACCAACUGGUGCCCCCAGAUCCACAAGACAUCCGUAGUAACCUGGAUGCGGCGUUGGGUCAGAGGCAGCAGGUGGCUCAGGGAUGGAUUAACACAUACCCUUUGUCCUCUGGAAUGUCCACCCUUUCCAAAAAAUCAGGUCUCUCCAAAAAAAGCAAUAGAGGUUCUCAACUGCACAAGUAUUACAUGAAACGUCGGACCCUUUUACUGGCUUUACUGGCCAGUGAGAUCGAGCGGCUGACGACGUGGUACAACCCUUUGUCGACCCAAGAGCUCGCCAUCGCCACAGAGCAGUCUGUGGAGACAAGCAUUGCAAACUGGCGGUCCAAAUACAUUAGUUUGACAGAGAAGCAGUGGAAGGACAACGUCAAUCUGGCGUGGAGCAUUGCGCCUUACCUGGCCCUGCAGCUGCCUGCCAGGUUUAAACACACUGAAGCAAUCGUAUCAGAGGUGACUCGCCUAGUGCGUCUGGAUCCAGCUGCUGUUUGUGAUGUCCCUGAAGCAGUCAAGUUCCUGGUGACGUGGCACACAAUCGAUGCCGACUCUCCGGAGCUGACUCACAUCCUGUGCUGGGCACCUGCAGAUCCACCUACGGGGCUGUCCUACUUCUCCUCUAUGUACCCUCCUCACCCGCUUACGGCACAAUAUGGGGUCAAAGUCCUCCGUUCGUUCCCCCCAGACGCCAUCUUGUUUUACAUCCCUCAAAUUGUCCAAGCGCUUCGCUAUGACAAGAUGGGUUACGUGAGGGAGUACAUUUUGUGGGCUGCUCAGAAGUCACAGCUCCUUGCCCACCAAUUCAUCUGGAACAUGAAGACCAACAUCUACCUGGAUGAGGAAGCCCACCAGAAAGACCCCGACAUUGGUGACUUGUUGGAGCAAAUGGUGGAAGAGAUCACAGGCUCUUUGUCCGGACAUGCCAAGGACUUUUACCAGCGAGAGUUUGACUUCUUCAACAAGAUCACCAACGUGUCUGCCAUAAUCAAACCUUUUCCCAAAGGGGAGGAGCGGAAAAAGGCCUGUCUGGAAACACUGUCCCAAAUCAGAGUCCAGCCUGGCUGCUAUCUACCCAGCAACCCUGAGGCCAUUGUGUUAGAUAUAGACUACAAAUCAGGGACACCAAUGCAAAGUGCUGCUAAGGCUCCUUACCUUGCCAAAUUCAAAGUGAAGAGGUGUGGUGUCAGCGAGCUCGAAAAAGAAGGUCUGCGUUCUUGCUCCGACUCUGCCGAUGAGGGGACAAGUGAAGAGGAGGCCAAGAGAAUCUGCUGGCAGGCGGCCAUCUUCAAAGUGGGCGACGACUGCAGACAAGACAUGUUGGCGCUUCAGAUCAUCAGUCUGUUCAAGAAUAUUUUCCAGCUGGUGGGCUUGGACUUGUACGUGUUCCCUUACAGAGUGGUGGCGACAGCUCCGGGAUGUGGCGUGAUUGAGUGCAUUCCAGACUGCAAGUCCCGGGAUCAGCUUGGCCGCCAGACGGACUUUGGCAUGUACGAUUAUUUCCGCAACCAGUACGGCGAUGAAUCCACGCUGGCGUUCCAGAAGGCACGAUACAAUUUCAUCCGCAGCAUGGCAGCGUACAGCCUGCUGCUCUUUCUGCUGCAGAUUAAAGAUCGGCACAAUGGAAACAUCAUGUUGGAUAGCCAGGGACACAUCAUCCACAUUGAUUUUGGCUUCAUGUUCGAAAGCUCUCCAGGCGGUAACCUGGGCUGGGAACCUGACAUCAAGCUGACGGACGAGAUGGUGAUGAUCAUGGGUGGGAAGAUGGAAGCCACGCCCUUCAAGUGGUUCAUGGAGAUGUGCGUGAGGGGCUACCUGGCAGUCAGACCCUACAUGGAUGGUGUAGUCUCUUUGGUGAACCUCAUGUUGGACACUGGGCUCCCCUGCUUUAGAGGGCAAACCAUCAAAUUGCUCAAACAGCGCUUCAACCCUGGUUUAAGUGAGAAAGAAGCAGCUGCCUUCAUUAUUAAAGUCAUCCAGAACUGCUUCCUGAGCAGUAGGAGUCGAACCUACGACAUGAUCCAGUAUUACCAAAACCAGAUCCCCUACUAA